UUAGUCUAUGAUUUUAGUCAAUAUUGACUUAAUAUUGUUGUCGAAUGUUCGAUUUGUUUAUCCAAUUUUAGGUAUUUCAUACUUUAUUCCUGAAGAAAAUCAUUUAUCUAAUACUUCUAUAUAUAACGAACAUAUAAUCUGUAAACAAUUUGCGCAAAAAUCUAUGAAAAAUGGAAGGCGAAGAACUUGGCGGGGACCUAGUAAGGCUCGAUAAUGGAUUCCUUGUUGACGAAGAGACGUAUGUUGUUAAAUCAGACGACUGCCUAGACCAAGAUGGGAAUAAUUCAGAUUCAAACAGCGGCUAUAAGAAUACUCCUUUGCGGGAACAAGACCGUUUCUUGCCAAUAGCUAACAUAGCUAAAAUAAUGAAAAGGGCAAUUCCAGAAAAAGGAAAGAUAGCAAAAGAUGCAAGGGAGUGCAUUCAAGAGUGCAUUUCUGAAUUUGUGUCAUUUAUAACAAGCGAGGCAAGUGACCGCUGCAAAAUGGAAAAACGUAAAACAAUUAACGGAGAAGACAUCUUGUUUGCUAUGAAUGCUCUGGGCUUUGAUAACUAUGUGGAACCCUUGAAAGUUUAUCUCAAAAAAUACAGAGAAAUAGUUUUGUCACCAGUCACAAUUAACAAACUAAAUAAAACUAUUGUAUUAUAUGGAAGUGAUGGGUUAGCACUGCCAACUGAAAAUGACAGUGAGACACAAACUGAGACAGUUAUUUAUGGUUAUCCCUAAAUUUUUGGGAUAUAUAAUUUUACGUGGAUUUUUAAAUUGGAUUAUUGAAAAUUUACAAAAUUAAAAUUUGUUUCAAAUUGUCUUUUUUAUACAUAAGAUAUUCACAUAAGUAUUGUUUUAAAUAUAAGGAUUUAGAAUAUGAUAUUUUGUAUCUGUUAUGACCUAGUUUACAUUCACAUCAUGGCCCUAUUUUGUUGUUUCAUAUAGAUGUGAUCAUUAUACUUUUAAUGUCACAUACCCUCAAAAAUGUUUUGAAAUGUAUUUAUAAAUUGUGCCAAUGCACAAUAUUUGGUAUAACCCAAGAGAAAAGUUAUUUUGUAGGUACCUAUUUAUAAUAAAUAAUAAUUAAAAUUUGGACAUGA